AUGAAGAGGUCCCUCUUUACCACCACCCUUUUCGUCUGUUUCGGGACCACUCUCAGCCUUGUUCAUUCUCCCCAGGCAGAGACGUCUAAAGAAUGGCCAGGCCCAGUAUUUGAACGCUCAUCUCCCCCGCCGGCUCCUCCCAAGCCAGAGCCCAUCUCUGUUAUAGAACUCGCACUCCCUCCUGUUUCCGAGGACCAACCUGGAUCCUGUGAUAACAAGGUCAACCCAAGAGGAACAGGCUGCAUCAAGAAGUUCCCAGAUCUUAUGACUGGGAAUUUCCUUUCAGACAAUCGCCAUGUGGUAGCCUCAGUGAACUACACUGGUGCACCUUCCACUGGACCACGAAGCAUCUACCAGGGAGCGCAUCUCAUCAUUGCCAAGACGGACGGCAAGUAUUUUCAAAACGGUGACACUUGGAAGUGCAUCACUUGUGGCGUACCUGAGAAGAACUCCCGUGGCAUGCAUCAUUACCUCGACUACCCGCAGGUGUUCCGCGAUGGUAAAAAGAUACUAGCUGGCACCAAUAUCAUCGAGUGUGCAGCGCCUUUCCAGAGCGACAAGUGUACACCAGACAAUAUCAAAGUGUAUCCUAUCCACUGGUAUACAUCGAAAGACUCGGAUGCCCCCAGCGGCAGCCUAAGAGAGCUCCGUAUGCACCCGGACGGCAAGCAUCUUGCCUGGAGCUGGAUCACGCAAGCAUCGGGAAAACUUGAUCAGUAUGGAUUUGUCGGCCGCCUAAAACUCAACCUGUCACCCACGUCAGGUAUACCUUCUGUACCACGAUACGACUUGGAAAACGUGCAGCUACUUUUUGAUCCCCAAUCGCCGGCGCCCGUUCGGGUUGCGUCUGACAAAAAGCAUCUCGUCAUUGAUCACCAGGCCAUCAGCAUUGGAGAAUUGCGAGGCUUCACAGGUACAGGUCGCGAGCUACACUACGUUGGCUAUCCCACAGAAUCGUCCAACAUAGAUGUCUAUGCCAUUGAUCUUGUCACGGGUCAUGUGAGGAGAUUGACCCAGCAUCCAGAGUAUGUCGACCCUGUGGACUUCUCAGUCGACGACAAGUGGAUGGUUAUCGAAGACACAAGAGGCACAGAUCGCCAAAUGUUUAUCGCAGGGUUGAGGGGAAUCCCUCCCGUCACAGACUUGCCUUGGCUUCUAGACGGUGACGGUGAUCGUGGCUCUUACUUUGGACAGCAGGUCAACGUAGGCUAUGACUCAACACCAGGUAGCGGUAGCCCAAGUGAUCCUGAAUGGAAUUCAAUGGCAGAUCCAAAGUUUUCUUGGGAUGGAACGCAAAUUGCUUGGACACAGUCCCAGACAGUUUCCCCCGCUUGCGGUGGACAGAACCCGCUGCCUUGUUAUCCCUCAAAGGCGCAGGGGGGCCGUACCCAGAGGAUGAUGCUUGCACGUCUGACAAGCCGGAAGCCCAUCGCAAAGGCGCCGCCUGUCCAGGAACUUCCUGGAAAUAUCUCUUGGGCAGUCAAGUACGAGCCUGGUUUUGCCCCACAAGGCAGGCUUUUCCCAGCACCAGGCGAGUAUGUCCUCCAAGGCGCCUCCUCUGGCUAUGCCAAUGUGACCAUUAUUGGAAACAAGGAAGGAACUAGACUCCGCACAGUCGGCUUGGUUUACCACAGCUUCUCGGAUGAUGGCCUGAACGUACUGAAGGGUAGUGAGGAAGUGUCAGUCGAUGUGCAGGGAGGCGUCAAUCUGCUAGACUGGCACUCUGAUCUUGUCCAAACCGGCCCAUUCAAUGGCACCAAGAAAACAAGCCCGGGAGGCUUCCAGUUGAGGAUCGACGUUCGAGUCAAUGAAUUUAUGGCAAACGGGACCUUGACAACCACAGUUGAUGGCAAAGAAUACCUGCAGCCAAAGAACAUGACUUGA